GGGCCGCGGCAGCCCGGGCGGGGCGGCUCCGGUUUCGCUUUCGUUUCUGCGGGCGGCGGCGGGGCCGGAGCGGAGCGGGGCGGCGGCAGGUAGCGGCGGGGCGGGGACGGGCCCGGCCAAGGCGAGGGGGCACCGGGGACAGGGCGGGGAGCGGCCCGGGGUCCCCUGGGGCUGCCGCACCGCGGCGAGGGGCCCGGCCGCCUCCUCGGGGCCGGGGCCGGGCCAGGCCAGGCGCCGUGAGCUCGCGGCCCGGCGGCCCCGGCCUCCCCCCGCGGCCUCCCCCGGCCUCCCGCGACUCGGUUCCCCCGGCCUCCCCCGGCCCGGCUCUCCCGGCCUCCCCCGGCCUCCCGGCGGCCCCCGCCUCCCCCGGCCCGGUUCCCCCGGCCCCCCGCGGCCUCCCCCGGUCUCCCCCCGCCCGGCUCUCCCGGCCUUCCCUGGCCUCCCCCGGCCUGGCGGCAUGGCGGGCCGCACGGUGCGCGUGGGCGGCCUCCCCUCCGACCUGCCGCCCGACCGGGUGGCCGACAAGCUCACCAUCCACUUCCUGCGCGCCCGCCACGGCGGCGGGGAGAUCGCCGACGUCCAGGUGCUGCCCGGCGCCCCGGCCCUCGCCCUCGUCACCUUCGAGGAGGCGGCAGUGGCCCGGCGGGUGCUGGAGGCCGAGGAGCACGUGCUGUCCGUCGGCGGGAAGCGCUACCCCCUGGAAGUGUCCGCGCACGCCCCGGAGCUGAGCCCCGACCAGAUCUUCAUACAUGUUUACAUGAUAGUCGACUACGGGAAGCUUCCUGCUGGCAAAACCCUUCUGAGGAACUUGCAUAAAGGCUACAGCAAUGUGCAGAUCAACUUUGACUCCAAGGACACACACUGCGUAGUCAAGGGACCAUUCACUGAGCUGCAGGCCUUCAGCAGAGAUCUGCUGGGCAGCCUGAACAUCACGAGUCAACCAGUUGGAGAGAUUCUCCUGCCAGGAUCCAGCCAUGUGGCUCAAGGCGCCAGGAUCCACGAGCACCAGCAAGUGCCUGUCUCUGUCGAAUCUGCGCCAAAGACAGCAAAACUGCCGCAGUGGGACCAGGUGUGUGAAAAGGCCGCUGAGGGCCCGUCACACCGGGGUCCAGUGGAUGGGGAAGCCAUGGAGCAGCUGGAGGACUUUUCUCUAGUGAUGGACUCAGAUAUUUACUUGUACAUGCAGAGGUUCUGUGCUCACGAGUACCAUCGCGUGCUACGCCAGCAUCAUGUGGAUGUGGUGGAUGUUAGCAGCGAUGGCGUCGUCAUACUGUACCUCCAACCAUCUGCAGGUGACUCUGGGGACAUGGAUGCCUUGGGACAGGCCCGCCUGGCCCUGCAGCAGCUCUACCAGCAGUUGGAAGUGAGCCUGCGCAAGGAGAAGAUCGACAAGAGAGGACUGGGUGCGGACAGCCAGACACAGAGGGCUUUGUCACGUGAGCUGCAGAAACUCUAUCCCCAGCUGCUCUGCCAUGAGAAUGAGAGGCAGCUUUUUCUUAUUGGAAACCUGGUUGAUGUUUCCCAGGCCAAGCAGUAUCUUCGCGAUUUCAGCACCAGAAGAAGGGCUGCGCACACAGUCAGCAAGCUCAGCAGCUCCCCACCCUCGCACCCGGUGACCUCCCACACCACAGAGGCGGCACUGCACAAGCCCAAAAGCCCCAUGGACACCUCACCCUCAAGGCUGAGCCCAGGAAGGCUGGAGCUGAAAGGCGAGCCCAAGCUAGCUGCCAACUUCAGCACUCCGAAAGCUAACAGGUCUCAGGCCAGCCCAGGGCUUUUGCUGAAUCAGGACCCUCCACUGAAGGGACAAGCACAGCUUUCUGGAAAGCACGUCUCAGAGAGCGAUGCCCUCAGUCCAAGUGACCCAACAGCACGGAGCCAGCAGGAGCAGCCUCGUGUCACUACAACAGAUGCGGUCUUGGGGUCAGCAGCAGGGUCUCAGCAGAAGGACUCCAAAGAAUGGGACCGUGUGAAAGGAGGUGCCAUGCUUAUGGGACCCAAGACCCUGUCUCCCUUUGGGGGCAAAGAAAACAGCACUUCGCAGCAUUCUGGGGACUCUAAAGGCUCAAGUCCCAUCAAGCACCAACCCCUCACUAGCCUGUCUGGUACCUUUCAGUCCCUGAAUCUCUUUGACACAAGGACCGCUUCCACUUUGGACUCCAAACCCUCUGAAGCUAAGGCCUCACUGCGACGCUCCAAUAGCUUCUCCCUGCCAAAGUCAAAGGAAAGCAACAGGCCUCGAGACACUGUCAGGGCCGUCAGUGGAGGCAGUAGGGUGAGUGAAGAAAUGAGUCUGGACGCUCUGCAGUGGUCUUACCUGAAAGAUGUUUGCUGCUCUGCUAUUGAUGACCUGUGCGGGGAUGGAGGUGUGCAGAUCUCAGAGCAUCGUGCUGGAGACUGCACUGUGCUGACAUUGCAGUCAGAGGACAGGAACAAGCUUUGCAAGGCUAAACGGACGGUGGAAACUCUUGUGCAAAAGUGUCCUGAGCUCGUGUGUCAGAGUAUGAGUUACUCGGAGCUUGCUAUAGAUGGGCCAGAUGACCAUGCCCUGAGCGAACUGUGCAGCCUCUUGCAAGGAAGUUCCCUCAAGGUUGGACUAAGCAAAGACAAGUACAAGCUUUAUCUUGCCUGCCCCAAGGAGAUGCUGUCAGGAGUGACGGAGGCCUUCCAGGUGUUUUCUUCCAGGAGACUGCAUGCCCUGAAGGCUUCCUCUGUGUCUCCGGGCCCAGUGAGAGCUCUGAGCGCAGCGCCAAGUGCCAUCCAACCAAGCAGAAGCCAGGAUGCCACGCUGGGUGCAGCCCUUCCUGAAAGCCUGGAGUCCCUACAGCUGAGCCUGCAGCACCUGGACAUUAAUGAUAAAGCAGCCCACUCAGUCGAGCUCAGGGCUUUCCAGCUGCAAGGGGCUGAGGAAAUGAGAGCUCCCAGCCCUUGGCAGUUCCAGCAAGCACUGGGACAGGAGGAGGCCAAUGACCAUGCAGAAGGACACAGCCUUCUCAGCCCUGCCGGAGCAGAUAACCAAAGUCCUGCUGGCCUGAGGGAGUCCCAAGAACUGCCGAAGACAAAACUGUCGACAGUGGAGCCUGACAUCGCACGGCUAAAGCAGGUUUUGCCAGACAGAUUCCAGCUUGCAAGACAGAAGAGCAGAGGAGGCCACAAGGAGGAGAUGGGACCUCUGCAGUCACCAGCUCCUGCAGCAGACAGUGCUCCUCACUCCUUGCCCACCUGGCUCUACAGGACUGCCACCCCUGAGCUGCAUCGGGCUGCAGCAGAGCAGUCACCCGCAGCAGAGCCCAGGGGCCCGGAAAGGGCCCUACUGCCGACCGGCAGGACCCAUGUGGAGCAGGAGCCUGACCUCUCAUCACUGCAGACCAGAGGGCCCAGCCUUGGACAGGAAACCUGCAAAACCCCUCUGUCUCGGUGUGAUGCCUGCCAGGACUCGUGCGUGACAUGUCAGGCACCCUGUGGCCAUGCCUUGUGCAGGACGUGUUUUGCAGCAGACGGUACCCAGCCGGCUUGCUGCCGCUCCACCGCGGUUGCCCCAGGCCGCAAGCUCUCGGGGACGUUCAGGCUUUCCUCCCUGUCGCAGAGCCUGCCUGGCUACUAUCGAGACCUAACACUUCAGGUUGUCUACAACAUCCCUGAUGGUGUGCAAGGGGUUGGUGACCCCUGCCCAGGACACCCUUACAAAGGGGGAACUUUCCAUGCCUACCUGCCUGACAACAGGGAAGGGCAGAAGACAGCAGUGCUGCUGAAGAAAGCAUUUGAGCAUGGGCUAACGUUCCAGAUCAAGUCCUUCGAUGGAGCGGAAAGAGUGACAUGGGGCCAGAUCCCACACAAAACCUCCUGGAAUGGAGGCAAGGCCAGGAAUGGCUAUCCAGAUGCCCAGUAUCUCCAUGAGGUUUGCACAGUCCUGAAGAAAUUUGGUAUCAUGUAAGACUCCCUGUCUGAGCAGCUACAUCCCAUUCCUUCACUUCCCCUUCCUUCCCAGCUGCCAUAACUGCAGCUCAAAGCUGAUCGCUCAGGGAAAAAUAGUUGUUUGUCCAGAGUUCCUUGCAUCCCCCAAGGUAGCCAGAAAUCCAUACGUUAGUGACAGCAGCUCCUUCAGCCUCGAGUCCCCAUUUGAAUCUGAGCUUCACUGAAAUGCCAGCUCCUACUGGAUGCAUGUCUUCACCAGCCAGUUAAACAGGGGCUGGUUUCGACACCGGAUCCAGGCUGAGCCUCAUGUGGCGCUCAACAGGGAGCCAAUAACUCAAAUCCAAGCAGGAGCCUGCUCGCAGCCCAGCCCCACCUUCUGCAAUUCUGCUCCCCCUCUGGCUAAUACAGGCAGGUUCCAGCCCAGCCACCUCCAGAGCCUGUGGCAAAGCUGAGCUGUCAUUAAUUUCAGCUGUUAACUUAGACAUUUUAUUCCUCAAGUAGACAGCCCCAAGCUACAGCCCCUCCCCAGCACCUGCUCUGGGGACAGCAGGAAGCCUUAUGUUCUCUUGGAGGGAACAUUAACAGGUUUCAGCUCCUAGGACAGCUGCCUCCCACAAGCAUAUACAGACAUGGAUUGUCUCAAAGUGAAGAAAUGCAAAUAAACAAGCUUUAUUCUCCCCUU